CAGCCGCCAUCUUGGAUUCCGCGGUAGCAGUGGCGGCGGUAAGGUGUGGAGUGGCUCUUCCCUCCCCUCCCCCUGCUCGGUGGCGGCUGCCCCUCCCACUGAGGGUGGCGCAGCGACGGUGCCAUCUCGUCCAUGGCGGCGACUACAGCUAACCCAGAAAUGACAUCAGAUGUACCAUCGCUGGGUCCCACCAUUGCUUCUGGAAACCCUGGACCUGGGAUUCAAGGUGGAGGAGUUGUUGUGCAGAGGGCUAUUAAGCGACGAUCAGGGCUGGAUUUUGAUGAUGAAGGAGAAGGGAACAGUAAAUUUUUGAGAUGUGACGAUGAACAGAUGUGUAAUGACAAAGAGCGCUUUGCCAGGUCGGAUGAUGAGCAGAGCUCAGCGGAUAAAGAGAGACUUGCCAGGGAAAAUCAUAGUGAAAUAGAACGGCGACGACGAAACAAGAUGACAGCUUACAUCACAGAACUGUCAGACAUGGUACCUACCUGUAGUGCCCUGGCUCGAAAACCAGACAAGCUGACCAUCUUACGAAUGGCCGUUUCUCACAUGAAGUCCUUGAGGGGAACUGGCAACACAUCCACUGAUGGCUCCUAUAAGCCAUCUUUCCUCACUGAUCAGGAACUGAAGCAUUUGAUCUUGGAGGCAGCAGAUGGCUUUCUGUUUAUUGUCUCAUGUGAGACUGGCCGGGUGGUUUAUGUCUCUGACUCAGUGACUCCUGUUUUGAACCAACCACAGUCUGAAUGGUUUGGGAGUACACUCUAUGAUCAGGUGCACCCAGACGAUGUGGAUAAACUUCGAGAACAGCUGUCUACUUCAGAAAAUGCCCUGACAGGGCGAAUCCUGGACCUAAAGACGGGCACAGUGAAAAAGGAAGGCCAGCAGUCUUCCAUGAGGAUGUGCAUGGGCUCAAGAAGAUCCUUUAUUUGUCGAAUGAGGUGUGGCAAUAACUCUGUGGACCCUGUUUCCAUGAAUAGACUGAGCUUUUUGAGGAAUAGAUGCAGGAAUGGACUUGGCUCUGUGAAGGAAGGAGAACCUCACUUUGUGGUCGUCCACUGCACAGGCUACAUCAAGGCCUGGCCUCCAGCAGGUGUCUCCCUCCCGGAUGAUGACCCAGAGGCUGGCCAGGGGAGCAAAUUCUGCCUAGUGGCCAUUGGCAGGCUGCAGGUAACAAGUUCUCCCAACUGUACAGACAUGAGUAAUGUUUGUCAACCAACAGAGUUCAUCUCCCGACACAACAUUGAGGGGAUAUUCACUUUUGUAGAUCAUCGCUGUGUGGCUACUGUUGGCUAUCAGCCGCAGGAGCUCUUAGGAAAGAAUAUUGUAGAAUUUUGUCACCCUGAAGAUCAACAGCUUCUAAGAGACAGCUUUCAACAGGUGGUGAAAUUGAAAGGCCAGGUGCUGUCUGUCAUGUUCCGAUUCCGAUCUAAGAACCGAGAAUGGCUUUGGAUGAGAACCAGUUCAUUUACUUUCCAGAACCCUUAUUCGGAUGAAAUUGAGUAUAUUAUCUGUACCAACACCAAUGUGAAGAAUGCUAGCCAGGAACCACGGCCUACACUGUCUAACACAAUCCAGAGGUCACAGCUAGGUCCAACAACCAAUCUAUCACUAGAGAUGAGUACAGGGCCGCUGGCCUCCAGGCAGCAGCAGCAGCAGCAGCAGCAAACAGAAUUGGAUAUGGUACCAGGAAGAGAUGGGCUGACCAGCUAUAACCAUUCCCAGGUUUCUGUCCAGCCUGUGGCAACUACAGGAGCAGAACACAGCAAGUCCCUUGAAAAGUCAGAUGGUCUCUUUGCCCAGGACAGAGAUCCAAGGUUUUCCGAAAUCUAUCCCAACAUCAGUGCAGAUCAGAGUAAAGGCAUCUCCUCCAGCACUGUCCCUGCCACCCAACAGCUAUUCUCCCAGGGCAACUCAUUCCCUCCUAACCCCCGGCCGGCAGAAAAUUUCAGGAAUAGUGGUCUGACCCCUCCUGUAACCAUUGUCCAGCCAUCAUCUUCUGCAGGGCAGAUGUUGGCCCAGAUUUCUCGUCACUCCAACUCUACCCAGGGAGCAGCUCCAACUUGGACCCCGAGUACCCGUCCAGGCUUCUCUGCCCAGGUGCCCAGCCAGGCUACAGCCAAGACUCGUUCUUCCCAAUUUGGUGUGAGCAACUUUCCGACUUCAUCCUCGUUCAGUGCUGUGUCUCUCCCGGGAACUCCCUCUUCAUCACAGGGCACUGCUGCCUACCCUACCCUCACCAACCGUGGAUCCAACUUCCCUUCUGAGACUGCAGGACAGACCGCAGGACAAUUCCAGCCCCGAACAGCAGAGGGUGUGGGUGUCUGGCCACAGUGGCAGGGUCAGCAGCCCCAUCAUCGGUCCAGCUCCAGUGAGCAACAUGUUCAGCAGACAUCAGCACAACCACCUAGCCAGCCUGAGGUCUUUCAGGAAAUGCUGUCCAUGCUGGGAGACCAGAGCAACAGCUACAACAAUGAAGAGUUUCCUGAUCUAACUAUGUUCCCCCCCUUUUCAGAAUAGAACUGUUGGGGUGAGGAUAAGGGUGGGGGGGAAAUCACUGUUUGUUUUAAAAGCAAAUCUUUUGUAAACAGAAUAAAAGUUCCUCUCCCUUCCCUUCCCUCACCCCCGAUAUGUACCCCUUCAUCCCUUGACUCUGGAGUAACAUUUGUAGAAGAAAUGAAUUCCCAGGCUUUUAGGGCCCUCUGUAAAUCUGAGGACAGGUGAGGUUAGAAGUCCUGUCCUUAUGUCUUCUUACCAGAAGUGUCACAGAAAUGAUUUGUGCUGGAGACAAGGGGCAAAAUAGAUGAACCUGACAGCCACUAAUUGUCUUGGAGACUGUGGCUUGUUUUGGAUAGAAAUACUGAAUAGAGUGGAGGAGAGGAGAAAUAUCCUCAUAGCUGAGGAUCAUGAAAUAUGAUAGUAUAUGUGGAGCUUUCGGAAAUGAGCAAUCCCCUAGAAAGAAACAUGAAAGAGCAUGAACGUGUGUGUGUGUGUGUGUGUGUGUGUGUGUGUGCGUGCGAGAGAGAGAGAGAGAGAGAGAGAGAGAGAGAGAGAGAGAGAGAGAGAGAGAGAGAGAGAGAGAGAGAGAGAGAAUAUAUAUAUUUGAGCUCCUCUGUUUUGUUCUUUCUCCCUAUUAGGGAGUUUAUGCAAAGUUUGUCCCAGAUUUUCUUUGUCUUUCUGCUUGCUCUUCAAAGAGUCCUAAGAAAUUAAUUUUUCUAGGUAUUUUUGUAUUUAGUAUUGCAGCCAAAGAGUAUUUAAAUUAAGUCUUUGCUGCACUUACACUCAUGCCCAGCCAAAAUGGAACUAUAAGCCAACAUACAGUCUUCUGUUGAUAGGGUUGGUCUUCUACAGAGGACAUUCAGUGAUCAAGCUGGAUUACCCUGCUCUUUGGUGCUCUCAAUUGAUGUGGAAAAAUCUACAGAUGUUACCAGAAUAGGCUGGCCAGAUAAACACUGUCAGAAACCCAGACUUGCCCAUAGGAUAAUGCUGCAUUUUUCUGUCAGAGUCACACAUGUGUUCUGGAGAGGUUAUUUCUGCAUGGAAACUCAACUUCUUGGAUUAGCCAUCUGAGGGGAAGUCCUCUCCGACAAGGGAAUAAACCAAAUAGAAAGCCUCCUGCACAUGUCCUCUCCUUGCUGUUGUCAAAACAGCAUUUAGGUCUUCCUGAAGUCUAUUGUUCUUUGCUCCCUCUCAAACUUAGAUUUGGGUUUUGCUUUGGAACUUAAUUGUGAGUCUAUUUGUUAGUUGGGUCCUGGAUUCAAAUUCCCACAGGGUCACUUGAUAAUUACAGCCAUAGAAAUGCAGAUACUGCUUUCAACCUUUACCGUCCUCAGGUACAUCUCAUAUAUCAGUAGCCUUUUUUUUCCCCUGACUCCUGUCAGUAUCUGAGUGAAAGAUUAAGCUAAUAUGGAAAACAUCUAUUAAGUGUAUUCAUAGGGAAUGAGGAGCCAGGAUGGAGAGGCUCGUGAAGAGGCUGAGGGAGUGUUAUGUUCUAAGUAAGCUUCCCUCCAUUUGUCUCCAGUCUGGUGCCAGGCAAUAGAGUGGAAAAGGAGGCUAUUUUUUUAUUCUAAGUGCACACAUACAGUAUACAUAUAUAUUUAUAUCACAAUUUACAGAACCAAAAAGUUGAGUUUCCAAUGAAAUAUUUGUUUUUUAAUAAUCAACUUGUUUUUAAAUGUGAUCAGAACUAUCAUGUACAGUUAUUACAGGGCUUUUGAAGAAGGGGAGGGAGGGAGAAGCUACUCUGAGGGUUUGUUCUGCUUUUCCUUCAGGGUUUUAUUUUUGAUUGUUUUUUCUUGUCAGCCAUCUGUGCUAAGCCUUACAGUGGCAAAAAUAAUGUCAUGUAGCAAAGAUUUUAAAACAAAGUAUUUUUUCUUUUAUAAA